AUGGAAGAAAAGUCAAGUAGCAAUAAGAAACGAAAGAUUGAAGAUGAAUCUAAAAUCGAAAAAGAAAAUUCAUCACAUGACUCGGAAUCGUUACGUGAUGAGGGUGUAGAAAAGAAGAAAUCAUUGUCUGAUAAUGAGAUGACCAAGUGGAUGCUUCAAUGCAAUAAGUCCUACGAACUCAGCAAUCUCAUUGAUGAAAUUGCAUUUCAAAGAAUCAAGAUUGAAGAUGAAAAUUAUAAUGAAUUUUUAAAAAAACUUCUUCGUUUUUAUGAAAUUAAACAUACUAUACUAAAUGAAAGUGAGAAAGAGCUUCCGAAGAAAAAAACAGCUCAAAACUAUGAAUGGUUGUCAAAUGUUCAUCAGGGACCUUUGAAGGAAGAUAUAAUCCUCAGGAAUCAUGAAGAUUGCUAUCACAUUGAUGGUUACGAUACAAGUUUUGUUGAGAUGUGGGAUACAGUCUAUGGAUUUCCAUAUAACACCGAGCAAGAUAUUGAUGCGAUAAUCAGAUUGACAAGUGAACAAUUUGAUAUCAAGCUUAGUUUGCAAGAAGUCAAGUAUUUAUUUUCCGAUAAUAUGAGAAAUAAAUUUUAUAUUUGCGAAACGCGGGAGUUUAAAAUUGAUAGUUUAAAAUACUUAAGAAUUACUCAUUUAGAUUAUUCAAAUUUUCGGGAUAGUAUUGAUUUUUAUAUUUAUUAUAUGUUAGAGGAUAUUUUUGGAAAGUUGAGAAUGAAGAUUGAGAUGGAAAAGUGUCUGAAAAAAUUAAAAAGAUCAUCAUAA